AACAGCGACCACACGGGGCAUUAGUACAUUUGUUUUAUGUAGACAAGAAUAUAUUUUUGAGUACGUCAAGGCGUUUGCUCCAGCGCGCUAGCAAACGUAGCGGGCCCAGCUGCAUUGUGGCGACAGCCCGCACAGCCCCCGAGCGCGCCACGAACCAAGACCCUGCCGGCGCUGCCCUACAUAUAUUUCUGAUGCUCUGCUUCAUCUAAAUACAAGAUACAGGCCCCAAAGGCAUACCCGCCUCGAGUUGGCACGGUCGGACGAGGAUUUAGCCUCGGUCCUGCGAGUCUCACGUCGUUACUGACUAGACGGAGACCGCUUCCUAAGCUCACAUACUUCAACUUCCAGCUCGAGCGGUUAAAAUGCCCAAGUCGCUGGCCAGCGGCCACACCAGUCAGAGUGCCGGGCUUUUCGCCGGUCAUCGCUUGGUCUUAGCACUUCUGCUGGCAUGCUUCGCGCGUCAAAGCACCUGCCUAAGCGUCAGCUUACAUCCAAGCGAUGUUGAUGAUUCGUCGGUGCUCGACUCAGACGGUGCCUGGUCGCGCCUCAAGGGGGCGGGCUCGCACUUCCGACAGCGCGAGCUGUUGGGCAUGCGACAACAAGUAGAGUCUGGCGGCGCGGAGACAGGGUCCUCAGAGCAGGAUGGUAGCCGCGACGACGGAAUCUCUGUACCACGGAGACAGCUGCAAGCGCGGAGGAGCCGGCCACCGCGUACGCCCCGGCCGCCUCCCAAUGACAUCGGCUCGCGGUCUGUUUCACCCCCGCCUCCGUCGCCGCAGCCCCCCUCCCCUCCUCCACCACCAUCUCCCACGCCGCCACUGCGGCGGCACCGGCGGCGAAGCCCCUCGCCUCCUCCUUCCGACAUCGAGGCGCGUGGGCUUGACCAGCCGCCGCCCCCUACCUCCCCGCCUCCUCCACCCCCUCCCUCUCCCCCUCCGCCCGCGCCACCUCCACCCUCGCCCCCUCCACCCUCGCCUCCUCCGCCCUCGCCCCCGCCCCCCUUGCCCCCGCCCCCCUCUCCGCCGCCCCCCUCUCCCCCACCCCCCUCUCCCCCGCCUCCGUCUCCCUCGCCCCCGUCCCCGCCGCGCCCGCCUCGCGCGCCGCUGCCCAAACCCGACGUCGACUACCUGGGAUGGACGGGCCCCAUUGACCUGACCACACUCAAGACGUACGACAAGACGGAUCCGGCAAUUGAUGCCGGUCUGGACAUAUGGAUCAUUGCAGGCCAGUCCAACGCCGUGGGUGAGAACAUGCAGGGCUCACGGCCCGCCUGCUGCUCGCCCGUCCCCGGCAAGCUGCUGACGUUCAACCUGGGCAACAACCCCACCAACCAGUGGCGCGACGCCACGCCCUGUGUGGGCUGCAUCAGCCGCGGCGCCAACCCCGCCUUCUACGACUCGUGUGGCCCCGACCUGGGCUUUGGGCGGGUGCUGCUGCAGCUGGGCGUGAGCGGCCGCGUGGGGUUCGUGCCCACGGCGGCGGGCGGCACCAACCUGGCAGACAUGUGGUGCCCGGGCUGUCCGCUUUACAAGGACAUGGCGCAGACGGUGGUGCGCGCCAUGCGGGCGGCGGGGCCCAACGCCCGCCUGCGCGGCAUGCUGUGGGUGCAGGGCGAGAGCGACGCCAACAACGACUGGAACGCCGCCGCCUACGGCGCCCGCUUCGCCGCCUUCCUGGCGGCGGUGCGGCAGGACUUUGCGCCGUACAUGUCGUACGCCGGCGCGCCGGCGGGCGGUCUGCCGGUGGUGAUGGCUGUGAUGAGCACGUGGAAGCGCGCCGACAUCUUCCCCUACAUCCAGGAGGUGCGGGACCAGCAGCUCAGCUUCAACGGCACCAACGUGCUCAAAGUGGACAUGGCGAACUACGGCUUCUACCUGCAGUCCAUGCGCAACCCUUACCAGCCCGACCAGGUGUGGUGGGACCAGGCCAUCCACCUCACGCAGCAGGGCGCCUGUGACAUGGGCGGAGACAUGGCGGCGGCAUGGGCCGCAUCCGGGCUGCAGCCCUGGUAGCGGGCCCAGCGGGAGCAGCAGCACCGCCGCCUCACAGCAGUAGGCGGCGCCAGCUGCUGCAGCAGCCGGGAAGCAGGCGGUGGCGGUGAUGGCGACGGCUGCUGCAGCGUCAAAGGUCCCCGACUGUCCGGGCCCAGGCUGCUUCAGCCGCACGUCUGCAGCAGCAGCAGUAGCAGCGGGAGGUGUCAGCUGCUGCUGUCGCCACGGCGUGGCAUGGCAGGCAUGGUGUAUGCACGUCACACAGCGAGGUCAGGCAGGGACUAACUCAGAACAAGUGUACAUACGGAAGAGAGGAAAGGGCUUUUACCAAAUCAGGCCCCGCACCCAGUGUAGUAAACGGUGCCAGCAACGGUUUGCGCGCGCGUUUGUGUGUGUGUGUGUGUGUGUGUGUGUGUGCUUCAAAGUAAAGAACAGUGCCAAGUGUCUGGAAGGUAGCGUUUUGGCUUAUGACAGCAUGAGCGUUUGUGCAGUUGCAUGAAUUGUCCCGACCGUCAGCAGAUUGAUCCACUGACACCCGAUGAACGGUAUUUGACCUUAAAUGACAUGGGCUGUAGCGGACACAGCCCCGUCACGAUUGAUUUGUUGCAUAGCCAAUAUCACUGCACCACAGUGUGGGGUGCAAGCCGCUCGUCCCCAAGUAUCAUCAUACGAUGUACUAUUGCAAUCACUGUGUAGCACAUGGCUUGGCACGGGGCGACGUGGGCGAGUAGACGAAAGCUGCGGCUUGUGUGCUGGCACUGGCGCAGCACACGCAGCACAUUCUCUUAAAACUAAGGGCCACUUGGUGGCUGAUUUAUUCUUUCCUUGAGUCUUGACUCCCAUUGUGGAAUUGAUGGGCACGGCGCACUAGCCACCGGGUUAAGAGGCGAGGAGUCGUGGAGCAGAGGUUGCUCUCAGAGGGGGUCACAGCGGUGUCGCGCCCACACCUACUGAACUACCUUGCGUACUGCUGGGGCGAACUGCGUGCCGUAUCUUGACAAGCUGGAAGAAGCGCUUUGUCUUGCGGUUUGUUGGAGUAUUGGACUUGGACUCGCGGUUGGACUGACGCUACGAUGCCUGCAGAUGGGCGGAGCCGCGGAGGCAAUUGCGCCCGCAGCCUCCUUUGGUUCCCUUGACGCCAUGGCUGGCUCGAAUGUAACACGCAGGCUGG